UCGCAGGCGGGGGGGAUAGCUCGCCGGAGAGGAAAACCGAGAGCGAGCGGUUAUAAGGCGAGCCGGUAUCCUGGCCAUUCUCAGUUUGUUAUGAAUUUCACGAGGCCGUUGGACGCCCUGCAGAGAACUGUGGCGAGCUCCUCGCCGCCGCCGCUGCUGCCGCCGUCGUUGUCGUCCUCCUCGUCAUGCUUCGACAGAGUCUUCUGGGCGGCCUCCUCCUCGUGCUCCUGCUCUUCGCUCCCGCCGCCGAGGGCAUAUUCUUUCAGUUCCCGAAGAGAGCGGUGAUGAACUUCCUCGAAUCGUUGGGCGGCAAGAAGCAGCCACCGCCGAUUCAUCACAUCCACCGGCACUACUAUCCGGUCCCGUUGACCGUGCUCCUGCCCAAGCCGGCUCCGCCGCCAAAGAUCGAGAUCGACUUGACGUCGCUGCACAGCGGUCACGACUCGCUGCGUUCGCUCGGCUGGUCGAGCCAGGACUACGGGAAAAUCUACGAGCCUGAAAUCGUCAUACCCUCGGAGACGCCCUGGGCCUCGGCGCACUCGGAGGCGCCCUGGGUCUCGCCGCUUCCCGAAGCCUGGCCCGACACCACCGGCCGGAAGUCUUGGGGCUGGGAGAACAACGAGAUCCUCGAGAAGGAUCACGCUUAUAAAGAGGCUAAACCUCCGGGCAUUUUACUUCAGGUUCCAUUGCGCCAGCAAAUUGUCUUAUACCAACCGCCGGCCAAAGACAACAAGUCCACUUUGUUAUCAACCUUGCUUAAGAAGAUAAGGCGCAUCAACGACGCGCUCUUCCAUCCGGAGGAGGAAGACUGUCCCCAGCCGCACGACAACAAGCCUCACAUCACCAACUCCUUGACUUACUCGACGUCGUGAAUCGUUGACAUUUUUGUUUUUAUUUUAAUAAUGUUAAAUAUAGAUGUCAUGUAGAUUAAUUUACCAUUCGAUCGUACGCACGCACUUCUUUCUUCAAUGAAUAAACCAUUAAUUACGUUA